AAGUCUAGUGCUAAUGGUGUUGUCGGUGUCUUCAGAGAAAAAAAAAGGUCGAGAUUUUGCGUUUUGUUGAAAAAGAAGAGCUUUAUGUGUAGACAUUUCUGGAGGAAAAACUAAUAAAUAAAUAAAUGAAUAAAUAAAUGCAGCUAGGCAUUAGUUUUAUGCUAGCGAAGCUAACUAACUAGCCGAGGACGUAGCUAAGCUUAGCUGAGCCGCUAGGCUGUAAUUGACGUAUAACAUUGGACAUUAAUAGCGGUUAUAAUGCUUUAUUCACUCAUGUUCCGACUCGGCAAACCGUCAUACUGUGUACAGAUGUUAAGUCGUGUCACUUCCACCUGUUCUCUAUCAGCUUUGCAUUUGCAUAACACAGAUUUAAUUAGCUUAAAUAAAUCUCCCAGGGCGCAGUUUGCUUGUGAGCACCAACAUAAUGUUUUACUUCAAAUGAGAAAUGUUCAUACUGCAGCUGAGAGCAGAAAUAAAGCUCAAAGUCAACACAGAGAAAAAGAGAUGUUAGUCUCCAGCACUAAGCCAUCUUCAGGACUCUCUGCUGCACAGAAAGUGAAGCAGGCUGGCAGAGACUUCACAUAUCUGAUCGUGGUGCUUGUUGGACUUGGAGUUACAGGAGGACUUAUGUAUGUCAUCUUCCAAGAACUCUUUUCAUCAUCAAGUCCCAGCAAAAUCUACAGCAAAGCCUUUAACAAAUGCAAGUCGCACCCAGAGGUAAUCGGAGCUUUUGGAGAGCCCAUUAAAGCCUACGGAGAGACCACACGCCGUGGACGGAGACAGCAAGUUAGUCAUAUUGAAUACAUGAAGGAUGGACAGAAGCACAUGAGGCUGAAAUUCUACAUUGAGGGUUCAGAGCCUGGACUGCGUGGCAUUGUGCACUCUGAAUCACGAGAGAAUCAGGAAAGCGGAAAAUAUGAAUUCCGUUACAUAUUUGUGGAGGUGGACACAUACCCCAGGAGGACCAUCGUGAUUGAGGACAACAGAUGAGAAGGAGGAUUUGAAAAAAUGUGAAUCGAUGUCAGUUCAUUGACACAGCUGCUUUACUUGCAGCGUAGCCAAAGUAGCUGCAAUAUUAUUUUUUAAUCAUUCAAAAAACAGAAUUAAAUCAUUUCUGAUUCAGAUUUCAGAAUAUAGCUAGUUUAGCUUUAUGGUGUUUCUGUGAUCUGAUCAUGAAAAGCUAUGUUUGAGGUGAUUCACUUCAAGUAACUAUAAGAAAUGUGUUAAGAUUUUUUGGGAAACUUUUGGAUAACAAAAAUAAAUAUUGUAUUGCACUUAAAUGAAGGUUUGGCAAUAAAAUAUUGUGUGAAUAUGC